UGUUUGCAUUAGCUGACGUGCUCAAGGUCAUGCUCCAAAGCAUACAGAGUGGCAGCGACCUCUCCAACCAAAACCACAAAUUUAAAAACUUUUGCUUUUAGAGAUUCCUCACUGUGAACUAGUCUUCUCUUCUACCACUCUCUUCCUGUUCCAUUCCUUCUCUUUUUGCAAAAUGAAGGCUGCAGUGUUAAGAACUUCUCGGGCAGCAUUAAGGCCAUGCACAUGCAGGCACCUUGUUGGCCGAUCAUACUCAUCAACAGAGUCUAGCCUAGAACGCAAAGUGGCAAUACUUGGUGCAGCAGGUGGCAUAGGGCAGCCGUUGGCUUUGCUUAUGAAGUUAAACCCACUAAUCUCAUCUCUCUCCCUCUAUGACAUAGCCAACACUCCUGGAGUUGCUGCUGAUGUUAGCCACAUCAAUUCUCGUGCUCAGGUUGCGGGGUAUGCUGGGGAAGAACAACUAGGGGAAGCAUUAGACGGAUCAGAUAUCGUGAUUAUUCCAGCAGGUGUUCCAAGAAAACCCGGAAUGACUCGUGAUGAUCUCUUCAAAAUCAAUGCAGGAAUUGUCAAAUCUUUAUGCACAGCCAUCGCAAAAUACUGCCCUAAUGCUCUGGUUAAUAUGAUAAGCAAUCCAGUGAAUUCUACUGUCCCGAUAGCUGCUGAAGUUUUCAAGAAGGCAGGGACAUUUGACGAGAGGAAGCUGUUUGGUGUGACAACGCUUGAUGUAGUCAGAGCUAAAACUUUCUAUGCUGGGAAGGUUAAAGUUCCCGUGGCUGAGGUUAAUGUGCCAGUAGUUGGUGGGCAUGCUGGCAUAACCAUCCUCCCUCUUUUCUCUCAGGCCGCUCCCAAAUCCAGUAAUUUAUCAGAUGAUGACAUAAAGGCUCUCACAAAGCGAACACAGGAUGGAGGAACUGAGGUUGUGGAAGCGAAGGCUGGAAAGGGAUCAGCGACACUUUCCAUGGCCUACGCUGGAGCUGUCUUUGCUGAUGCUUGCUUAAAGGGGCUCAAUGGAGUUCCAGAUAUUGUUGAAUGCUCCUUUGUGCAAUCAAGCAUCACUGAUUUGCCUUUCUUUGCCUCUAAGGUAAGGCUAGGAAAGAAUGGCGUGGAGGAAGUCUUUGGAUUGGGUCCUCUUUCAGACUAUGAACAACAGGGUCUUGAAAGCCUCAAGCCGGAGCUUAAAGCUUCUAUAGAGAAGGGAGUUGAGUUUGCCAACCAAAAUUAAUUGGACAGGUUAUGCAAGAUUUUGGAAUCAUAUUUUGGAACAGUAUAGUCACUGUUUUCCCAGCAUAUCAGCUAAUAUAAUUUGCAAGACAAACCUAAAUUAUGAAGAAAUCCAAUAAAGGUGUCUGUAGCUUGGUAAGUAUUGGCAUCGUCCUUGCUAUAAUCUAGCUGUUCAAACAUUUGUGAUUUGUUGAGGUUAUCUUUCCAUCCUAUGCUUCUGACCAUUGAGGUAUUAAACAAUGUUUAUUUUGUAUUUAUAAUUUUUUAUUA